AUGAGUUUCGGAAUCAGCAUUGGAGAUGUGCUCAAGCUGUGUGAGCUAGCUGGUAGAGUCUACAAGAACUGUCGCGACUGCUCCGGCGAAUACAAAGAUCUUACAUCGCAAGCACGAACGUUAACGAACCUACUCGAGGACAUUCAAGACAAGUACGACAAGAUACCCGAGAGCAAGCGGCAGCAGCUCAUCGACGCGUACGAACCGUGUAUCGAAGUGCUCGAAGAGCUAGAUAAGCUGGUGCUGCACUACAAUGGGCUCGACACGAAAACCAAACGCGCUUGGGACCGGCUCAAGUACGACCCUGAGAAGUCACGAAACAUACGAGAGCGCCUCAUCGCGAGCGUAUCGAUGCUCAAUUCCUUCUAUACAUCCCUGAUACACGAUAGCCAGGUUCUUAUCCUAGAGGCUUUGGAGAGGUUGGAGAAGGACUACAAAGGCGGUCAUCGCGAAGAAAGCAUUGCUUCCAUCGAGAGACUCACGUCUGGAGGCACAGCCGACGAUGACGACGAUGACGAGGAGGCAUGGAGCCAGAUUCUCCGCGACCUCGAAGAUGUGGGAGUAUCACAACAGCAGGCUCUAAGCUACCGGGAUGUCAUCGUAGACUGGCUUGUCACAGCUGUCAACGAAGGGAGGCUUUUGGAGGAGCGACCAGAGCAUGAUGGUCUAGCAACUAUGUCUGGGGAUCUCGGGACCACUCUUCCUGAAUUUGACUUCGAUCGACGACCGCAUAGUCCCGCCAAUAACGCAAAGGCAACAGAUCUAUCUGACCCCUUCAGCAACUUCUCGAGCACAUUCGACCACCUCCUUGCAACCGUCCCAACCUGCUGA